CGAGAUAACGCUGCAGCCAUCGUUGGACGAGUCUGGAGAUUAUUUUCAUAUCUGCCGUCGUUUUUUUUCAAUCUCGUGGUCUAUAUUUAUGUUUGCAUCAAAGUUUGAGUUAAGCUCACGUUCAAAGGUGGUUUAGUUUUUAUUUGAAUCCACAAGCGUACGGGAGCAAACUAGCUUCCAGGGCUAAAGUAACGUCGGUUGAGGUCGGAUUAACAAUAGUUUGACCCUUGCAACUAUUAUCGAUACCUCGACUGCUGAAGACUUUUAAACGUUUCUUUUAAAGACGCCGAAGAGCACUUUAACCCAAAAUGAGUGCAGGUAUUGCGAAACCGGCGAAUCCGUCGGCACAUGUCGACCCAAAAUCGGCUCCUCUGAAAGAAAUCCCUGACGUCCUGAUUGACACACGCACCAUGAGAAGAUACGCGAGGGGAAGAUUCCUCGGAAAAGGUGGUUUCGCCAAGUGCUACGAAAUCACAGAUGUGGAGAGCAAGCAGGUUUUCGCCGGAAAAAUAGUGCCUAAGUCCCUGAUCCUGAAGCAGCACCAGAGGGAGAAGAUGACCUCUGAAAUCGCCAUUCACAAGAGUCUCGACCAUGCGAACGUCGUGGGCUUUCACGGGUUUUUCGAAGACGAUGACUUUGUGUUUGUUGUCCUGGAAAUCUGCAGGAGAAGGUCCUUGUUGGAGCUGCACAAGCGUCGUAAGGCAGUGACUGAGCCCGAGGCUCGCUACUACAUGACUCAGCUGCUCAAGGGGGUCCAGUACCUGCACAACAACAGAGUCAUCCACAGAGACCUGAAGCUGGGCAACAUCUUCCUCAAUGAUGAGAUGGAGGUCAAGAUAGGGGACUUUGGUUUGGCCACUAAGAUCGAGUUUGACGGCGAGAGGAAGAAGACCUUGUGUGGAACGCCCAACUACAUUGCACCAGAAGUGCUUUGCAAAAAAGGCCACAGCUACGAAGUGGACGUCUGGUCACUUGGGUGUAUAUUGUACACUUUGUUGGUCGGUAAGCCCCCAUUUGAGACCUCGUGUCUGAAGGAGACCUACAACCGCAUCAAGAAAAACAACUACACCAUCCCCUGGCACAUCAACCCGGCCGCGUCCUCUCUCAUCAAGCGGAUGCUGCACGCUGAUCCCACACAGAGGCCUACCAUCGUUGACCUGCUUGGGGACGAGUUCUUCACAUCCGGCUACAUCCCCUUACGUCUGCCCACCACUUGUCUCACUGUGCCCCCGCGGUUCUCAAUCGCCCCCUCCACAGCUGUGGAACUCAACCAGAGACGCCCACUGACUGCUAUUAACAACAAGGCAGUGACAGAGAAGGUGGAGGUGAAGGAUGAGCCUGUGCAAAGGGAGUCUGAACCAGCAGAAAACCACCUGAAAGAUAUGCUGCAGCAGCUCAACAGUAUCAUUGCUGCCAAGCCCUCCGAGAAGGCAGUCAUCUGCCAAGAGGAGGCAGAGGAUCCUGCAUGUAUUCCCAUCUUCUGGAUCAGCAAAUGGGUAGACUACUCUGACAAAUAUGGAUUAGGCUACCAGCUCUGUGACAACAGCGUGGGUGUGCUGUUCAACGACUACACGCGUCUGAUCAUGUACGCUGAUGGAGAUAGUCUGCAGUACAUUGACAAGACGUCAGCUGAAUCCUACCUCAGCGUGCGCUCUUACCCUACAGCCCUCAACAAGAAGAUCACGUUGCUGAAAUAUUUCCGCAAUUACAUGAGUGAGCACCUGCUGAAGGCCGGCGCCAACGUUGCGCGGCGGGAAGGGGACGAGCUGGCCCGACUGCCCUACCUCUCCCUCUGGUUCCGAACCAAGAGCGCCAUCAUCCUGCACCUCAGCAACGGCACCGUUCAGAUCAACUUCUUCCAGGACCACACCAAGCUGAUCCUGUGUCCACUGAUGGCUGCGGUGACCUACAUCGACGAGAAGCGAGACUUCCGCACCUACAAGCUGUCUCUGCUGGAGGAGUUCGGCUGCAGUCAGGAGCUGGCUAGCCGCAUGCGCUACGCCAAGCUCAUGGUGGAGAAACUGCUGGACACCAAGCCAUCCACUGCUGCACACUAGAGCACCUCACACCGCUUCUUCAAGCACUCUCUUUAAUCACUGGCCACUUCUUCCCUUCUGCCAGCCUCUAAGGACGGAACAGACCCUGACAUUGUCCUGCAUUUUUUUUAUUUUACUGGCGCAGUGUAAUAUAUUGUCAUCUUUGAGGCUUUUGACAUACCAUAUAUUGUACAUUAAUGCUGUAUUUCAGUCUGUCAGCCAAUGAUUUUAUCUCUUUUCCUAGAGUUAAUAAAACUUCUCUCUUAACUUUCUUGAUGAAGCUUACUCUUAACCAACGUUCCUGCUGAAGAAAUCUAAGCUGGCUGGAUCGAUUGACAGAAGAGUUGAUCCUGCACAAGCAAAUGCAUGUAAGAGGAAAAGAUGAAUGUUGAAACCUGAAGCCGGGAGGGGGUAAAUGUGUGGUGGGGGUUGAGACUCUGGCUUUUCUGGUCUGCUUCUCUAGUUUGUCUUUUUUCUGUGUUUUAUCUGUGUUGUAUAUAGAGAAACGGACCAUGUGAAUACUUCUUCAUCAUGUACGUUCUUCCUGUAUUUACUUUUCACACUUCUUACAGAUCAUUUUAGAUUUCUUUUUCAGCGUGUACAAACUUGAACAUACUGCUUGAUGUUGUAAAGAUGGUUUAAUGGUGAUGAAGUUCAAAUAAAGGUUCUUUGAACAAGA